UGCAUUGCUUGUUUUGAACCCUAACUACAGAAUAUCUGGCAUUUCUGUUUGAGAAAUGACUUCAGCGAUUCAUCAAAGUUGAUAAAUCAUUAUUAUCAAAGUUGAUAAAUCUCCAGUUUUAUAUCGUGAGAACUACACUUCAAUCUGCACAAACACGUGUCUGUCUGAAGUGUGUGCACUCCUGUUAAAGAUUAAUGCUGUGUAAUACUGCAGUGAAAUCAAAUAUAAAGUCAGCGCAUCAUCUUUGAGCAGCCUGCUACAGUUACAUCUCAACCUUGUUUAUUUAUUUAUUUUUUAUUUUUUUGAUCCACUUCCAGCCUACUAAUUUACCACCUCACAUUUACCGACAUCAUCCCCUACCCCUGGAGGGUGGUGGUGGUGGUGGAGGGUUGGGUGGGUCGUAUGGGGGGCUGGCCCCUGCUGAUUCAGAGGUUAGGAAUUUGCAUCUGAUUACUGUUUGUCAACCAAUGAUCUGACUGUGCAAGCCGGAGAGUCUCUCCACGCCUCUCGCUCUCUGUCUGUAUGUCUGACUGAGCGCUGCGGGCUCUCAAACCGACACUCAAACUCUGAAAACACAAUUGCAUGCAAAAGCCGAAUGCGUGGAUAUCAUGCAGUCACAUGAAACCACUUUAAUCCUGGCUGAUAAACACACGAACCACCACUGCUCUUCCUUAUUUUGGUGUGUUUCUCUCUGUGUGUAAUCGAAAAGAGAGAGAGAGACAGAGAGAGAGGGGGGAAGACUGCGUUCACAGACGGGGAAAACAGGAAUGUUUCUUCCGGUUCCAAAGAGUGUAAAAACGGAACGGAAGCCGAUGUGGUCUUUGUAGUCUGUCAGCAUCUUGUACUCCAGCCUUCGCGCCUACUUCUUGUGCCUCAUUGAACGCUGCGCGACUCAGCUCUGCGGCCGGCUUUAGUUUCCCCCCAACUGCAGGACCCACAUAUCCACAUAACCAUAACCUCCCAGCCUCCAGCCCGCUACUAGCUCCUUCACCACAGGCACGGUUGGCAAUCGCUCUGCCUGGGAGGAAGAAUCGAUCAUCGUUCCCCAAUUGGUGCUCCUUCAGUGGAGGAGAGAGGGGAAGGAAGGCAGCUAAACACCGUGUCGCUUUCCCCGGAGAUGAAGCUGCAGGCCGUCAUGGAGAACCUGCACAGGCAGCAAAGGGCCAAGCUGCUGAUGGAGCAGCAGCUACAGCAGCAAGCAGCAGCCCAACACACUCAGAUCCGCACAGGUGGAGGAGGUGACGAGCCAAUGGGGAGCCCAGCCCCUGAGGCGGAGCAGGCCCAGAUAGCGGCACUGGCAGCCAUGCGUGCCGUAGCGGCCGGGCUGCAGAGGGUGUCAGACAGCCCCAUGUCAGAGCGCAGCAGUGGCGGCGAAGAAGAAGGUGACGAUGAUGACGAUGAUGAAGGGGAGGAGCAUUACAAGGACAUGAUGGGGUCAGAUGAGGAAGAGCAGCUCAAACAGAAAUGGGACGAGGAAGACUUUGAAGGCGAGAUGGAAGAAGACUUUGACGAUGACCUGGCUGAGGAGGGUUUACCGACGGGCCAUGAUGCAGUGGCUCCUGGGAAGGGUAUCCUCCUGCUGCCCCAUCGUCAACUCCACCCUCACUCCCAGCUACUGAAGGCCCGUCCCAGUGUGGACCAGGAGGCCCGCGUAGCAAUCCUGCCCCCCCAUGCCACACACAGCCAUCUGGGUGGGCAGGAUCAUGGAGAAUGGACCUAUGAGGAACAGUUCAGACAGCUGUAUGAACUGGAUAGAGACCCAAAGAGAAAAGAGUUUCUGGAUGACCUUUUCAGCUUCAUGCAAAAGAGAGGAACCCCAGUAAAUCGUAUUCCCAUCAUGGCCAAGCAGGUCCUGGAUCUGUACAUGCUCUACAGGCUAGUGACAGAGAAGGGCGGCCUGGUGGAGGUCAUCAACAAGAAACUGUGGAGGGAGAUCACCAAGGGACUCAACCUGCCUACCUCAAUCACCAGUGCAGCCUUCACCCUCCGUACACAAUACAUGAAGUACCUGUACCCGUAUGAAUGUGAUAAGAGGGGUCUGAGCAACCCCAAUGAGCUCCAGGCAGCCAUCGACAGCAAUCGGCGAGAGGGGCGACGACAAAGCUUCGGCAGCUCCCUGUUCACCUACUCGCCCAAUGGGACACCCACUAUGCUCUCAUCACCGAAGCUACCCACAGCCAGUGCAGGCGUGUCAGUGGGCACCAAUGGGGCAUCACUGACUCCCAUCCAGAAGACCAAGAAAGAAGAGGAGGGAGGCCAGCCGCUGCCCGGAAUCGGUAUGGCUCGUUUGCCAGUGGGGGCCUUGGCAGGUCACUCGGUGGCUGCUGUACAGGCAGCAGCAGCUCAGGCAGCAAUGGCGGCUCAGGUGGCGGCUCUGGAGCAGCUGAGGGACAAACUGGAGGCCGGCGAGCCGCCAGAGAAGAAAAUGGCACUGCCCGCCGAGGAACACCACCGGCUGCUGCAGAGAGCGCUCCAACACAACCUCCUGGCCAUGACUGCUCAGUUACCCAUGAACAUCCGCAUCAACAACCAAGAAGGCAGGCAGGACUCGGCCCUGAACCUCACCACCAACGGCACAAGCAGCAUCAGCAUGUCGGUGGAGCUCAAUGGAGUGGUGUACGCUGGCGUUCUUUUUGCUCAGGCAGCAGGGUCAGCCUUGUCCGGUGCGUCUGGAUCGCCCGUCUCCAACAAGGCGGUCAGCAGUCGUGUCGCUCCACAGCAGCAGCAGCAGCAGCAACAGCAACCGAACACACCUACCUCAGCCUCCAGCAACUCGUUGUCUUAACAAACCCCCAGCCUUUGCCCCUUUUUUUUUUUUUUUUUUUUUUUUUUUUUAAAUUACACGCUAAGUAAAGCCAAAAAUCAACCUCAUUUUCUACAUAAUCUAUGCCAAAAAGAGAAGAACCAUAAACUGUCAUAAACAGACACAAACUGAAACUCACGUCACUUGAAGUACACUAUCUCAGGUUUUUUCUCACAACUCGCCUCUUUUGUUCUUCGUAGCCAAAACAUUAUUUCGGAAAAAAAAAAAUACAUACCAACUGAGAGCCAGUAUAUGCUAAACAAAUAUGUAUGCACAACCUGUGAAUUAUUUAUUUCUGCAUAAAUGUACAGAUUAUCGGAGAACAAAAGAGAAGGAAAUAACUAGGAAGGGUAAUGCACUGUUUACACACACAAACAGAGCUACUGAUAGACAGCAAUGUUUUAUCCUCUAGGGGGGAGAUUUUUAUUUUAUUUUAUUUUAUCUUUUCAUCGUCAUUACUAUCAUUAUUGUUAUUCUCUUUAUUGUGUUUUAUCAUUUAAAUCUUUAACAGUCCUCUCUGCAGGAAAAAAAAAAUCUAUAUAUUUAGAAUUCUAUAAAAAAAUAUGAAAAAUAUGAAUAUUCUCUAUUUUUAAUCAGAAAAGCUUUAAAAGGUAUAUGUUUUUUCUCCAGGGCACAUGACAAUGUACCGUUGUGACCUCAUUUUGUGUAAAACCAUAUAACCUUAUUCACAUGGCAGCCAUUUUGGAUCUCUAUGUAGAAAAGCUGGCAUGAUGCAGCUGUGUGCUCCUGUUCAUAUCAAUGCCAUAGAUUCUCCAGUGACACAAAAGUAAAACAGCUGGAUCUGAAGAAUCUGCAAGGCUAUUGGUUCACUUUCUAACGCAUGUGGUCCGUUAUUGAUCGCUGCCAGAGUAUAUAGGUUGUUAGCUAGAAUGCUGCACAGCUGACGUCCCUGCUGAAUUCAAGCAACUGUCGUGCUUAUUCUUCCCGAGACAGCAGGCUACUUGUUAUCUAAAAAUCCCUCACCUGUUUGUUCACAUGAGGCCAGUUCGAUGCAUAUCUCUGCCAAUUUUGUAGGUAGUUUGUCAAGCUUAGUGUUCAAAAUGGCUGUUUGUAAGAUUAAGGUCAGAUGUGCAGGUGGUAAGAUGAACGAAAGUCUUUGUUGAGGUUUUCUUUUUCCUCUCGCUGCACCUCAACAGGCUGGACUCUCAGAGCCUUAGCGACGUUCACACCGACUGUUUCCUGUAUAAUACGCAUUUUCGAUUGCUCUCAGGUGUCCCGUCUGCUCGUCGUCUUUGUACAGUAUCUUGACGGAGUAAUGCUUUUCAACAUUUUUCUCCGUGGAAAGACCUAAUUUUUAUCCUUUUUUUUUUUUUUUUCUAACUUGGCCUUCUUGUGGAGUGAUUGUCUUAUGGUCAGAUGCAUGCCCAUAUUUGUAGAUAAAAGCCCUUCAGCGGUCAGGAAUGAAGCAGGAAAACUUUGAUUUCCUGUCUUAAAUUCACUGGAGUCAUGUGUCCACUAAAUCCUUGUCAUUGUGGAGACACACACGGACAAUCAGGUGUCAGGUGACACUACCUGAGCUUCAGAAGAAACAUAUCCUGACAGUUAUUCAGCUCAUAUCUGAUGAUUUGUUGUUUUGCUUUUUGUAUUAUACAUUACAGAUGCCUUUUUUUUUGUUUGUUUCAGCUUUGUGUUUUGCUUCUUCUGAUCAAAGUGCUUCUUCUUCUUCUGCCGUCACAAGGACAGGGUCUCCUUGAGACUAGCUUGCCACCUAUCAGGGAUAAAACAGAGAAUGUCUUGUGAUCCUCUGACUAUUUUUAGAUGUUGCUUAAUUCAGGCUUUUGACAAUAUGAGCUCAGAGGUAAUGUAUCUGCUGCUUGUAUCUCUGUAUUUGUACGAACACUCACUGGAGUUAGAUUUGUAAAGCAGCCACGGUGCAGAUACCGUAUCAUUCAUAAGUAGUUGCGUCUUUGCAUUCUGAAGCAGAUCAGUCAUUCAGCUUUUUGAACUUUAACCUGUGUUACCUCUCUGGAUUGUCGGCUGUUAAAGAUUGUUACUCACUCCCCCAAACUCCCCCAUGUCCCUACCCCUACGCAAAGCAGCCUCAUUCCUACUGACGUUAGGAAGUAAAUCAGGCUUUGUAUGCGGGUUCAGUUCUGAGGCCUUAACACAGCAUGAGAUGACCAGAGAGCGAGCAGUACCUCCGUCUAAUCAGUUUUUACUGUUCCAGUCAAAUAUCACCAGAUGGCUGUCGUGGCUUUGAUUCUGGACUCUUCUCUGUGGGAAAUCACCACCAGCUGCUGCACAAACACUGGCCAGUUUUAAAAAGUACUCUUUAUACUCAGACAGCCAAUGACAUAUUCAAAGACGCAUACAUGACACAUGUAAAUCUUAAAGUUCAGUGUAAUAGCGAGAGCACCUCUUGACACAAAGGAGCAAACUGUUCAGCCUCACUUGUUUUCUCACUUUCGAGAAAAGACAAGUGGAGCUUUAGUUGGAAGCAGAGGCAGGAUCUCAUUGGUUGAGUUGCAUCUCAUUGAAGCAGAAAACUGGUUUGUUUUUCCACUUUAAAGGAGGAAUUCUGCUCAAAUGUAAAUAGAAACAUGAGAUCAUAAUGUAUUUGUUUAGGUUUGAGGCAGCUAAUGAAACCAGUUUCUAACUUAUUCACAUUUAGCUCCACAAGGGGGUCCUGCUGGGUCAUUAUCGGACCAGUUCAAGGCAAGAAAAGUAGCAGCAGCAGGAGUUUUGACUUGCAGAUGUGGUGUGUUUGAGAGUUUACAAACUUGGCAAAAACAAAAAACAAAAUUAAAACAAAAAAUAGCUAAUAAUUGUGAUGUAUAAACAUCUAUGAUUGCAAUGACUGAUCUGAGUUGCAAAGAUCGAGACACUGUUGUCUGGGCAGACAGGCUUAAAUAAUUAAGGAAAAACUAGCCAGAUGUUCCCGGUUACCGUAAUGGCACCUCAGCUCUACCCAGCCGAAGGCCUACAAGACACACAAACACGCACACACUACACAGGACCAAGGCAAAGGGCACUGGGGCCAUCACACUAUAAAUAAAUAGUAAUAGAGAAUCACUGUAUUAACUAGUAGUUUACUCGAAAAGAAGUAAAUCUCAGAGAAGUGACCCCUAUAUGUUAAAGAGAGAGUCACUAUUCCACCAAAAUGUGAUCGUGUGGUACAAAGAACAGCUACCUUGUGUUGAGAUUGUUUGUCAACAGUAAGUUUAUCGUAGAGAUACAGAACAUUGUCAAGCGUCUUAACAAAGCUUGUUUUGCCAGUUUAAAGUGAUAAAUGCAAAAGCUCAAACACAAACUGCAAUAAGAAGGAAAAACAGCAUCUGUAACAGUCGUUGCCUGCAGUUAUUAAUUUCUUUGGUACAGUUUGGCUGCAAGUGCACCUGCAUUUCUGAAACUGCUGCUGCUGAUGUCGUGGUUCUGUAAACCGGACGACACAGUGCCUUGAAUUUGGUUUUGGUAGGUUUUAGGUGAGAGCUCAUGAAGUCAGCUGUAUCAUUGAUGUUAUCGAGGCAAGCCUAGAUAACAGUUUUAUCUUUCCUCCCUCUGCAUUUUUCCCACUGGGCAUCAGUAUCUGAAUACAAACUGCAGGUGUUUGGCUCAAUCACUGAAAUAGUUUUUAUACAGAAACAUUUGCACAACUUAAACUCCAGUCUGUGUGAGAUUACAGCUUUCUGUCAGCAGCCUGUAUGGGUGGAAGACACAAAAACCAUUGUUGCUUUUUAUGCAUCCUAACAUGAAGUCAUUCAUCAGUGGAGAAGUCAUUUUACAGAUAUCGAAGAAACACAGGUGGUCAAAUGCAUUGUUUACAUGAUGAAUUUAGUUAUUUGGGGAAGAGCUUGUUUCAACCAUUUGGCCUCUUGACAAAUGACGUUCAUGCAGUUUUAGUGUGAUUUAAAGACACACAACCCUGUUUGAUUAUUGAUCAGGUUCUCAGUGUAGGUUUGUUACAAAGGAAGGCAGUAAAUUUCAUAUAUUACGAUACAAAUGGAUGUUUUUGCAUAUUGAGUUUGGUGACACAGAAAGCUCAGCGUUUGUCCCCACGUCUCUCUUUCUCUCUCUCUGCAUGAGUAGCAGAUGUCACAGUUGCAGCUGACAAUCAAACAGAGACAUGCUGUGGCUGAAAGAAUUGGAUUAGGAGGGGGGAAGGCUGCUGGAGAUAGCAACAUUCAAUCAAUACUGAUCUAAAGGAUCAACAUUGCUUUUUUAGAUUUGACCCUGUGACCUUUUGCCCCCUGAGGUAACAUUCAAGCACCUGCCCCCUUCAAUGGAUCCAUGUUUAUCGUAUAUCUAUCGACACACUGUCAGAUAUUUGCAUUUGAACAGUGGAGGUACUGCAGCUCGGUCUCUCUUUCAGUAUGCGCGUAGCCACAUCUUCAGGGAAGGUUGGCAAUUACGUGGUAGCGACAAUCAGGGGACAACACUGUAUACCUCCAAAAACGCCACAAACAAACCCUGUUUCUACCUCAAACUACAGCUUUUGCUGGUUUCUUCACGCAGGAAAAACCUUGUCAAAACGUUGUUGAUGCUGGUUCAUAAACACUUUGACUUAUGAAAGAGAUUGUAAAGACCACAGACAAUCAGAUAUCAACUGAAAAAUGUGAUCAGUUUCAUUUAUGCAAGGGGGAACCAAAGAUGUCAGGAUAGCUGAGGAUUCAGUUCAGCCUCUUUACAAAGAGCGCCCCUUAGUGGAAGGUUUUGUUAUGGCAUCCAAUCAGUUUAUAUUUCCUAAAGGGAAACACAAUCGGGUCUGACCCUAGACUGCAAAGACUCAGUCUCCUUCAAUAUGACUCUGUACUGCAAAAACAAUGACAUUUUAAGUGUUCAUAUCUUUAUUCACUUACGAGUGUUUCCAGAGUUGUGUCCAUGUUGAGGUGACAAAGCCUCAGAAACAGCAUUUAAAUCAUCACGGAGCAGUAAAAUCAUUCACUUACAGAAUUUAUUUACUUAUUGAAAACACAGAAACAAUCAAUAACCAAACAAUGUGUUUCUCUGUAGCUGUGGUCAAUCAGGUUCCUUCAUAUCAGAGUUGCUAAUAUAUUUUAAGAAACAUUGAAACAGCCCAGAGUAUGAAGCCAGGAGAUGUUUUCUAGCAGUUUAUGGUUCAGAUUGCUAUUUUUUUCUGAAUGCUGCCUGCUGUGUCUAUGUGUCUCCAGCCGCUUUCACUUGUAGAUGUUUAAGUUUUAAUGCUCACACACGACUUUGUGCUCUGCAGUUCUUGGCUUUAUUUUUUUUAUUUUUUUUGUUACAUUAUUGUGUGCUGUUAAAUGCUUGGAUUGAGAACUUGGAGCCUGUUGCAUUAAGGUGCUCUUGUACAGAUUGAAACAAUUAGUUAUCUGGACUAAUAUUCACUGCAUUCUUAAUGCAGAAUGCAUUUUUGUUUGUCUCAGAGUUUGAUUUCCUGACAAUAUAGGUAAUAAAUAAUGUUCUUUUCUCAGGGGCUGGCUCCCAAAUCUGGGAUAUCGCAGCUUCCAAUCAGCACAAAAACCCUCUGGAUCUCUGUGGUUGGCUUUGCUCGCUCUGUCAAAAUGUCUCAAUGAAAGAAAGUCAUUGAAAUGUUGCUGCUUUUACUCCCACCAGGGCCGUAGCUUUAAGAACGUCUCGAAAUCUUACUAUGCCCGGAUUGUCUUGCAUAGAAAAUUAACUCCUGUUUACUCCUGUUCCCACAUGCUGCCGACAUGGAAAUUCUGCUGCAACAUUUACGGGUUAAGGUGCAUGUGGGUUGUAGGGGCUUUUGACUGGACUUCACCACUGACUUUACCUUCAUCAGGUGGACCACAGACAAGGAAUAUGAUGAGAAAUAACGAGAUGCCUUCUGCUGUGACAAUUGUUGUAUGAAUUAAUCUGUAUUACUAAGAUUCAUUAAAUAGAAUAUUUCUGAAAUAUGGCUUUUUAGGGCUGUGAAUUAUAUCAUGUUUAUAUUUUGUUUUUGUUUUGUUUUUUGCUUUGUCUUUCUUUUUGCUUUUUAUUUUCCUUCCUGGAUUUGCUGUCGGCACACAGAGAUUACACUUGGAGCAGAUUUAUUAAUAUAGCGCUAAUGAUGAUGAUGAUAAUAAUGUGAUUGUUUUUAGGGAAGCAUGUGACGUGUGGGGGGGCUUCACGUGUCUUCAAGGUAACUUUAGAACUGAAACAAGGCUUUUGUCUUUCACAACUUCUCAGGAAAAUCUACCUCUACCUCCAGUUUGAUGCAUUUAACCCAGCGAGGGCUCAAGUUACAGUCUAAUGGGUACACAAACAGGGCGUGAGGGUGGGCACCAGGGCCCGAAAUGAACUUCAACAUAUCAGUACCAUACUUAGGAUUAGUCGUGAUCUCAUGACACACGUGAGAUUGUAUUGAGAACAAGUAUUGUGGUGUAUUUAUUUCAUUAUCUUGGCUGGAAACAAACAAAAAGGAUGUAAACGUCUGAGAGGUUCAUUUUGGACACCAGGGUGUCUGUCUCUGUCUCUGUGUUUCUCUCUCUGCGUUACAGCUUCGUAACACAUCUGCUGUUUAGUUAAUUUGAGCAUCAACAACAGGGAACCUCCAGCUCAACAGAUAACUACUAUUAGUACUACAACGAGUACCACUGUUAGUACUGUGAGUUGUUUUUCAGUCUAUUAAUGUGUGCUUAUUCCUUUUUUUUUUCUAUAAAUGAUGACCUUUUUUUUGAUGAUGAUGAACGGGAUGUUUUCCGUUAACCACGGUAACAGUGAAGUGGCGGUGAGCAAUGCAACUGUUUUUAUUUUAUUUUUAAUUUUUUGGUUUUCUUUGUUUUUGAAGGGUGAAGAGCUAUUCUUGCCUAUUUACUCAAUAUGUGUUUGUGUGAAUACUUUUAUUUUGAAUCUGAAAUUAAUAAAAUAUCACCUUUCUUAAAUGUCA